CGUUCUAACAUGAUCCCUUAAACGUGGUUUGGAUGAAAAUUUAAGACCAACCAAAAUUAAAUAAGACAGCUACAGCAAGUCAAACUUCCAAGUUCGAAGUCAAAUCUUCACUCUUCGGCCUCGCUCAGCUAACAAAAGAGAAACGGAUCUCAUCGCCGCCGUGGCGUAAAAUGGCCACCGCCACUGCAGCUACCUCGCAGCUGCCGGCGCCGCCAGCGCAGCAGCAAUUUCUCAACUUAGAAUCCCUGGCUCGGAUAGACACUACAACUCUCUCACAGUCGGAGCUCCAUGCCCUGUCUCUCUCCUCCCUCUCCGCCUUCGAUCUCCACUCCACCCGUCGCCACCUCGUCACUCCCAAAAUCGAUCCGUCUCUCUUCAACGAGAGCGCCGGAUCUCGCCGCCAGACAUACUCCCGUCCUCGCCGCCCCGAGUCCUCUCCCACCGGCCGCCGACGCCGUGUUGCCGGCCUCCUCCCCGCCGCUAAGCUACCUUCUCUCCCUUCCGAUGACCUUGGAAAUGCCGAGAACCGGGUGAUCAUCGAUUAUCUGAAACAGUAUAUCAGGGAAGAUCCCAAAUUCGACCAAGUCGAGUUCGCUCCGCCUUCUUCCGCUUCCGCGCUGGUCGCCUACCACGGAGGUGGUGCUGGCGAAGGGAGAGGAGAGCUCGCUAUGGUGAAAUUCGGAGAGAGGAAGAGGAAGAGAGGGCGGAAGCCGAAGGUGAAGGUGAACUUGGAGGAAUCCUACAGCGGGAUGGAGAUUGUGAACAAGAACGGAGUGGUGAUCAAUCUGAUGGAUCUAGCGAAGGCGGAGGAUCCUUUUGCGGAGGAGCUGAGGAGGCGGACUGACGGACUGCAGGGAGAGGAGGAGCUGUUAGGGUUUCUGAGGGAUUUAGAGGGACAGUGGGGAAGCAGGAGGAGGAAGAGGAGGAUUGUGGACGCUGCCAAUUUCGGUGACGCAUUACCGCUUGGUUGGAAGCUUAUUCUCGGGUUGAAGAGAAAGGAUGGUCGCGCAUGGAUCUAUUGUCGCAGAUACAUAAGCCCUAGUGGACAGCAAUUUAUGUCUUGUAGAGAAGUUGCUUCCUAUUUGCAGUCUCUUAUUGGCCAUAGUGAUGCACCGUUGCAAAUCGGUCAUAGGAGUGAGAAUUUGCCGCAGGAACAAAGAGCAAUCACUGAACACUCUGCAGGUGUUGCCCAUGAGGAUCAACGUGAAUGGCAGAUUGUUGUAGCUAACUCAGAUGUACCUAGUUUUUCUGUUUCUAAUGAACGUGGGAUGGAAUUGGCCUUGUUGGGUUUGGAAAAUCUUGCAGACGUGGAAAUACAUGACCUAUUUGAAUGUCACAAAUGCAAUGUGACCUUUGACGAGAAGGAUUCAUACUUGCAGCACUUAUUGUCAUUUCACCAGAGAACAACAAGACGAUAUCGGCUUGGAUCUUCUCUUGGAGAUGGAGUUAUAAUUAAAGAUGGAAAGUUUGAGUGCCAGUUCUGUCACAAGGUGUUUUCAGAAAGGCGUCGCUACAGUUCUCAUGUGGGGAUCCAUGUUAGGAGUAAUGUGAGGCAGGCUGAAGAUUCGUCAGGUCUGGAAAAUGUUCAACGGACAGACAAGUCUCCAGUGAGGGAGGACAUGCUGCUUUCAAGACUCUCCAGGAUGGAUGCCCUUAUUGAAAUUGCUCAGAGCUCUAUCAUGGAGGAUUGUGACAUGGAGCCUGCUUCGAAAGUUGCUGCUUGUAGCUUGGAUCAAGAUAUAAACUUUGAGUCAGAACAGCAAAUGGAAGAUAGCUUAAAUGGAACAAAUGUUGUUCAAGUUUUAAAUCAGCAGGAUAGUCCAGAGUUACACAUGGAUGUGGAAGAAGAGGAAACUGAUGAUGAUAGCCAAGUUAUUGAUGCAAAGAUGGUUACUUGUCUAGAUCACACGGGUUUGUUAUGUGUAAAUGAGAAAAAUGGUAAUCCAUCUGUUGAAGUGUUUGAUAAGUCUGGGAUUGAUAUGGGAGGAGCUUCUCAAGGCCCUUUGCUUAAUUUAUCUUGCAAGGACAAAAUAUCAGAUUCUGGGGAGAAUGAAAAUUUUUGUUGCUCUAAUAUCAAAGAAAAGUUUAAGUUUAAUGAAGAUAACAAUAAUAAGAAUGAAUUGGAAAUUGGUUCAGAUGGUUGCAAAGAUGUUCCUGUUAGGACCAAUGUUCAAGAGUUGCUAAUGCCAGCUUCUGAAGAAAAUGUGAUCGACUCUAGGGUUUCUAAAUCUCCUAUAUCCCAAAUGCAAUCUUUGUAUUCCUCUCCUGCUUUCAGCUCUUAUAAGGUAGGAAAACAAUCUUGUAAUGAAGAUCAUGAGUAUAAAAAUGUGAAGCGGUUCCAGGAAUUGGAUGAAGUCAGUACUACUAAGCAUGAUGCUACAAGUGUUCAAGAUUCCUUUUCACUGCCUGAUGUGCAGACUGAUACGGUAAACAAAACAGUGAUGGAAACAACAUAUCCCUCUUCUGUUCAGGUUGAAUCACAAGAAGUUAUGCAGCUUACAACUGUGUGUGUUUGGUGUGGAAUAGAGUUCAACCAUGAUGCCCUUAAUUCUGAAAUACAACCUGAUUCUGUUGGAUUCAUGUGUCCAGCUUGUAAGGCAAAAAUCUCUGGUCAAAUUAAUGUGUUGGACAGUUGAUCACCAAAUGGCAACCAUAUUAGACUGGUAAUUACUGAUUCGCAGUUGCGGUAAUGGCUGCAGUUGUAGGAAGUGUAUUUAAUUUCCUGUUAACUUCAAACUAGUAGCCUCUUACUUUGGAAGCUAUGAUCCAUGAGAGAUAAGUAGAAGAUGACCCAGAAGAAACUUUUCAGCAUUUGGUGCCGAUGGUAUCGUUAAUUGUGGUCAUGAUCAAUUUAUCCUUGUUUGUAAUCACACAUGGUCCUGUAUAUAUCUCUAUAUAUAUACUCAGGGGAACUGAUGAUACUCUGUUGUAAUAUUUUCUGCUGCAGUCUAUAUGAUGUUUAGUACA